UGACGGCAUCGGGCAGAGCCCAGCGCGUUGCGGGCAGGACGGGCCGGACCGGGCCGGGAACGGGAACGGGACGGGAGCUCUCCGGGGCCAGGCCGGGCCAUGGCUCCCGCGGCCGUGCAGCCGCCCGAGGUGCAGUUCGCGCAGCGCUUGGCCGCCAACGAGAAGCGCAUCCGCGACCGCGCCCUCAAAAAGCUGCGGGGAUACAUCGACGUGCGCACCCGGCGCCCCGCCGGUGGCUUCAGCCAGGAAGAGCUGCUAAAAAUAUGGAAGGGCCUUUUCUACUGUAUGUGGAUGCAGGAUAAACCUCUGCUUCAGGAGGAACUUGCAGCCAAUAUCUCUCARCUUAUCCACGUGUUUCAGAAUACAGAGGCUCGACACCUGUUCAUCCAGACAUUUUGGCAAACAAUGAACCGGGAAUGGAAUGGGAUUGACAAUCUGCGUCUGGACAAGUACUACAUGCUGAUGCGUCUGAUUUUGAGGCAAUCCUUGGAAGUGCUGAAAAGAAAUGAAUGGGAUGAGGGUCUAGUUGGACCGUUGCUGCAGCUACUAAUGAAAGAAAUUAUGGACCCAGACAGCAAUUCUCCCACUGGGAUAAAGUUCCAUUUAAUUGAUAUCUAUCUGGAUGAAUUGGCUAAAGUUGGUGCAAAAGAGCUCACAGCAGACCAGAAUCUCAAGUUCAUCGAACCUUUCUGCAAAAUUGCUGCCAAAUCAAAGGAUCGGUGUGUGCUCCAUGCUGUGACCUCCGGCAUCUUUGAGAUGAUCUUGGAUCAGUCCCCGUUCGCCAUCGAGGACCUGAUGAAAGAGCUGGGUACCAACRGUGAUGAGGAGGAUCUCUCUGAAGAAGGCAAACAGGAAAAUGAAGAGGUGCUAGAAACCAAAGCACACAGAUGUCUGUCAAGAAAAUCAGCACAGAGCUCUGAAAAAACAGRGGAUAUAAAUGAAAAUGCUGAUGAUGGGGUCGGGACUGUUCUUCAGUUUGAUUACAAGGCUGUUGCUGACAAAAUCUUUGAAUUUGCAAGCAAGAAAAAUACACCUUCCCUGAACAGAAAGCGGCUGUACAAGCUGGUCAAAAAGUUCCAGGACUUAGCAGAAGGAAUCUUCCCCCAAGAUAUUCCUGAAGAUGUUUCUACAGAUGAAGACGAUGACGACGAAUUCGGCAGGCGAAAGCGAAAGAAAAAGACUGUCAAGCCUUGGCAGCAAAAUGAGCUGGAAAAAGUGAAAGAGGAUAAAGAAGAGCUGUCAAGUGUGAAGGUGCCAUCAGGUCCCCAGAGGAAGAGGAAAAAAAGGAAGAAGAGGGACAGACCAAGUGCUGAUUCUGGAACAGUGGAUGGAAACUGUGAUGAGGGAAUAGCUGAAACAUCUGGAUCUAAUGCUUCUAGCCAGGAAAAGGUGCCAGAAAAUAACAAGGAGAGGAAGAAAAAGAAAUUGCUAGUAAAUGAGGCCAAUGAGACCACAAAUGUAUCAACUGACACCAGAGAAAAUCGCAGUAUGUCUGUGCAGAACAGUCUGACUGACGCAGAGCAGAGUAAAAAGAGUCAAUUGAAGAAAAUUAAUCCAGAAGUGCAGGAUGUUCCUGCAAAACYAGCGUGUCAGAAUGGACCAGCUCAUGCCAGUGCAGCAGAGGAUGUCAGCCCAUCUCUCACACUGUUACCUCCUAAGGCUGUGAAAAAGAAGCAUAAAGCAGAGGCUGUCCUGGUGAAUGGGGAUCCCCCUGUGCAGCAGACUGACCAGAAACCCAACAAGGAAGGCUUGCUGAAGACCCUGCCAAGAAAGGCAGKGGCUGAAUCUGCACCCUCCAGAAAGCUCACACUGAAGAAAAAGACAAAGUUAGUUGGUUUGGAAGGGAUGAAAGUCUCCAGUCAGAACACAGCAACGCUGAAAAAGAAGAGAAAAGUGAAAGAGGUGCUAAACUCUGUUGAAGCCAAUGGCRUUCUGGAGACUGUAUGCAAGAAAAGCAGGAAGGUGGAAAGCAGUGCUGCUCUGUCACCAUUAAAGAAAAAGAAAGUGAAACCAGGAAGUGAUUUUGUAAAAUUUGAAAAAUCAACUGUACCAAAGGCAGUGUUCUUCAGGAAAGCCAGAAGCACCAUCUCUUCCACCAGGACAUCCAUGCAGCUGAACAAGUUGCAGUCGCCCAGCUCCAAAAGAGUCACAUUUGGCUUGAAUAAAAACAUGACUGCAGAAUUUAAAAAGACUGACAAAAGUAUAUUAGUGAGCCCAGAAGGACCCUCCCGUGUGGCUUUCAAUCCUGAACAGAAACCUCGUCAUGGGGUGCUGAAGUCACCCUCAGUGACCCCAGCAAGAGAGCCCCAAAUGAAGAGACCAUUUACUAUGUCWGCUAAGAAAAGACCAACUGCUGUGGACUUCUUUUAAACCAACAGAUGUGGCCUACUUUUGUACAGGACAUUUUGCUAACCUAGAAUGUUCUCUGGAGGUAUUUUGAACUUCUUUAUUUUUUUAAGUUAAUACAAGUUGUAUAUACAAAAUUCUGAUUAUGACCUGGCUCGUGGCUAUUUUGAAACCACUUCAGCUCUACCUUGAAAUACUUGUUUUGUCUAUUUACAGAAAAGAAACAAARUCCAAUCUCUGCUCAGGUUUGGUCUACAAAAAGUAUGGUCUCUGCCCUUGUCAUUCCCAAGAGAGUUGUCCAUUUAAUUAAGGAAUGUUCAGGGUUUGAUUGUUCCAGUGAAUUUUUUUUUUGAGCCAGUGUAAGAUAACUUGCACUUCAUGCUGUUAAACUGUCUUUCAUUGGACAGAGCUUAAAUUGGAAAAAGGCAAUGUAGAUUUUAAGCCUACUCGUUCAUGUAUUUUUAAAUUCUAUUCUUUCAUUUUUUGUGUGUCACCCCUGGCAUCCCGUUAACUCUUCUGGAAAUAMUGAUUACCUCAUGUCUCUGUUUAACAACAGCCGGACUUGGGUAACUUUGCAGCUAGCAAGUAAGCUUUCCCUGGGAUAAGAAACCCCCCCUAGCUGCUGCUCAAGUGGUCACUGGUGCAAAUAAAUCUUCACAGCUGUUGCCUGCUGAGUUGGGGACAGGUCACCACAUUAUUUUCAGUAACACAAGUGCCAAAGCUGGCUUGGGCCUGUCACACUGUGAGCUGGCUCCUGUUCACUGAACUGAAAUUCACGCUCUUGCACAGGAGAAAUCUUUGGUCUUCCCCAGUCCCCACUGCUGCCUUUCUCGAAGGUCUGACAAGACUCCUGGUUUUCUGCUUUAGCAGCUGGUGUCACCACCCUGUGCCAGAACUCAGCUGUSAUUCAGUGCAUGAACCUCUGGCUGUACUGAAGUGAGCUAGAUGGGUGUAGUGCAUCUUUGGACAGGACACACAUCUCACUGAAAGCUYUGGUGCUUCUCAGUACAGGGUGAAAGUUGAUAGCCCAGGCAGCUUGGUUGUGUUUUUGAUGCAGAAUCAGAUGUCCACUUGGCAUUUCUUGGAGUUGGGUUUUUAUUUGGAUAUUUUAUUACUACUCUGCGUGUUUUGUUUUUCAUUUGCUUGUUUGGUAAAGCUUGAGGUGCAUUUCCGCAAGAGAUCAUUUAUGUAUUCUGAAGAGGAACAGUGAGGAGAGGGAGAGCAAAUUAAAAUAAAAACCUUUUCAAUACAAUUGGAAGAUGUGAAACCUUUCUUUGGAAAUUUUCCUUAUGUGAAUGAGGCAAARGCUUUGCAGCAGAUCUCUGUGUUAGAGCUCAGUUUGGAAGCACAGCCUGGUGCCAGAGAAAAGCUGUUCAUGAAGCUUCACACUAGUUAUUUCUGUAGUCCUGUAAGAAAGAGGGUGAACCUGCUUCAUUACCUUGUCUUAAGAUAACUGGAUUAUCACUUAAAUGAACUGGUAAAUGUUUAUUUACCUUCUUUAACCAGCAGAAUUAUAUUUUGUGACAUAUUUGCAUACUUCAGUGUUGUUUUUUACCAGUYGUUGAUGUCCUCUGCCAGAUUGCUCCUCAUAGACAGCUGUAUUGAAACUGUUCUUUUGUAGCUCAUCUACAAAUGCUUCAAAUCUGGGGUACUUGCAGAUUGCUCGUUGGUCUCAGCUGCUCAAUUCUAAUCCGUCCCAGUUCUCGCACAAACUUUGUGGCAGUCCAUGGUUUGUGGUACUGCCGGAAAGUAAUUUUGCUCAUCUUUUCUCAUUUACAGUGAAGGACUGAAUUUCAUUUGGUUUUGGUAUUAGUCUAGGCUGUAUCUGCUUCUGUGAUCAAUAAAGAAUUCUGGAGAAUACAUUGAUAAAAAUUAAUGAUACUUGUUUGAGCAAGUAUUGUUCAUUUAUAUUUUAAAAAGCUCAUUGUAUAUUAGCAUAAUGGAUUUUGUUGACAAGAUGAUGGUAAGUGGGGUGUAACAGCUUGUUCAAUAUAUUGUACUGUUACUUUGUCCUGUGGGUGAAAAGUCUCCUGUGGAAUAUGCAUAAAACCAUUUGUAUUUGCAUGGUUGUUAAUGCCUCAGGUUGGAGAUGCYGCAUUCCUCCAAGGAUAGAGAUGUAAACAAUCACUCCAUGGAUCUGAUGUGCCCAGAAAAAUCCAGGAUCAAGACAGAUUGGGGUUUGGUUUGGGUUGAGUUUGAUUUGGUUUUAAUACAUACARCUGACUAUGGAAAUGUAUUGAUUGUCUGAAUCUGUUUCUCUUGACUGUAGAUCCACUGAACCUGUUGCUUGUCCAAAUAUUUGUUGCCUGCAGUGUUAAAUGGAAAGGGCACAAAUGGCAGUCAGGUUUUUGUCUAAAAUUUUAAUGAUGUGAUUCCUUGUUGCAAUGCAUCCACAAUCCAUUUGUGCCAUGGAACUGGUGCAAUGUUUUGCAAAUAUACCUAUGAGGUGGGUAUUGUCUUCAGUGGUGUCUGGAAUUUCAUUCAGGACAACUUUACAAACAAAAUCCAAUCACUGUCAAUGCAGUUUAUUCAGUAUUGUUGGGUUAAAUUUGAAUACAUUAACCCAAARUAUUUGGGUAGUGACAACUCCAGGAAACAUUGAAGACAGAAGAAAAAAGAAAGAGAGAAACCAACAUGCAAUAUCCACUGCACAGACACAAUGGUACUGUGAGGAGAGAUUGGUAGGAAAGGAGAAAGGAAAACUCCUGUGACCUGUUUGAUGUCACUUCAUAGGUUUUUCCCACUGUUAUUCCAGCUGCCAGCCAUUCUCAGAGUCAAAAGUAAUGUGGCCCAACUUUUAAAGGACAGUAUUUUUUAAUGAUUGUCUCUGCAUUUUUGUUACAAAUCUGAUCAACUUUGUAUUUGUCAAACUCUAAUCCUUUUAAGUUCUUCAUAGCUUCAAGAGAACUCAAAAGCACAAAAUUAAUUCAGCAAGGCAUGAAGUUGGAAUUCCAUUUCAAUUAUUAGAYAUGCAAGAUCUCUUCUAGUCUGUCAAAGCUGUGUGACUUGGAAAGCAUCCAAUGCCCUUUGUCAUGAAAUACCUGCAUUGAGAUUUAAUGAGASGCAGGAAAAAAGGUAUCAUUUUAUGUUCCUCUGCAAGAGCAGUGUUAAUACAAAUGCAGUGUCUAAGCAUUACAUCAUUUAAUCUAGUCCAAUAAACCAUCUUUUUUUCUGGACAUUG